AUGAUGGACGUCGAUUCGUACCGCUGGCGUCCGCCAAAGACAAAUUACCUCCCUCACAACAUCGACAUGGAUCCAGUCGUGGAGGAAUUCGAGAUCCCACUCGGAAGGGCCAGCGACCACGAAAACGCCGCCUACUUUGAGAAAAUGAAGCUCGCCGCCCAAGAGUUCAACAUCGUCAGACCCAAAGGGUACACGGUCUCAUACCACGCGACCUCCGAGAUGGAAAAGCACCAUUUUGGCCAAACCCACCCAAUGAAGCCCUGGCGUUUAACUCUCACCAAAAGCUUGGUGACAGCCUAUGGCAUGCCCUUCGCCAUGGACAACUACAACACCCGGCACGCCACCUACGAAGAGCUCAACUCUUUCCACUCGAGCGAUUAUCUGGACUACCUCGCGACGGCCGCCCCAGAGGACCAACCCCGAGACCUGGAUAACCCCGACAAGGAUGUCAAGUUCAACCUCGGCGGUUCCGACUGUCCCCUCUUCCACGGUCUCUACGACUACUGCUCCAUGUCAGCCGGCACCUCCCUAGACGCCGCCCGCAAAAUCUGCAACAAACAAUCCGACAUCGCCAUCGCCUGGGGCGGCGGCCUUCACCACGCCAAAAAGUCCGAAGCCUCCGGGUUCUGCUACAUCAACGACAUCGUCCUCGCCAUCCUCCAGCUCUUGCGGCUCUACCCCCGCGUGUUAUACAUCGACAUUGACGUCCACCACGGCGACGGCGUAGAAGAGGCCUUCUUCAGCACCGACCGCGUCAUGACCGUCUCGUUCCACAAGUACCAACCCGAAGUCUUUUUUCCCGGCACCGGCGGGCUGAACGACAACGGUCCGAAAUCCGAGCACAACCCCGGAGCUCACCACGCCAUCAACGUCCCCCUCAACGACGGCAUCACAGACGAGCAGUACGAGCACCUGUUCAAGUCCAUCAUUGGGCAAGUCAACACCACGUUCCGCCCGAGUGCGAUCGCCCUCCAGUGCGGCGCCGACUCUCUUGCGGGCGACCGACUUGGUAGGUUCAAUCUGAAGGUAGAGGGUCACGCGGCCUGCGUGAGGUUUUGCAAAAGUCUAGGCAUUCCCAUGAUUUUGUUUGGUGGGGGGGGGUACACGCCCCGAAACGUGGCCAGGGCGUGGGCGUACGAGACCUCCAUCGCGAUUGGCGCCGACCAGAACAUUCCGGCGGAGAUCCCGCAGCAUGCGCCGUGGAGGCAGCACUUUGUGCACGAGACGCUUUUUCCGACGCUGGAGCAGAGUAUGAGUGAGCCGAGGAAUAACAAGAAUACGGAGAAGAGGCUGAGGGACAUUGUGGCGCAUGUGCAUGAGCAGUUGAGGUUUGUGCAGCACGCGCCGAGCGUGCAGAGCAGUAUUAUCCCGCCGGAUUUGGGGCCGGUGAGGGAUGAGGUGGAGGAGAGGUUGAAGGAGGAGAGGGGGGAGAGGGAGGGGGAUGAGGUGGAGCGGAGGGUGAAGGAGCAGGGGUUGGGAGUGGAGGGGGAGAUGGCUGUUUAG